GAGUCAUAGAACAAAAGGUCAAGGGAGAAGUAAAGUCAAUUUUCUGUUUUUAUCUCAUCUUAUAAUUCCCCCCGAAAAGAGCAAGUGUAAACAUUGCACUGCUUGGUAAAUCAGGCCUUGGUCUUUGUUUUGGUGAGGUGUGAGUUAUUUGAAACUGGACUGGCCCCUUGAACAUGUGUGCUUCAUCACAGAGCUCUGUGUACUGACAGAGAGUUCAACGCAGAGCUCUGUGUACUGACAGAGUUCAACGCAGAGCUCUGUGUACUGACAGAGAGUUCAACGCAGAGCUCUGUGUACUGACAGAGAGUUCAACGCAGAGCUCUGUACUGACAGAGAGUUCAACGCAGAGCUCUGUGUACUGACAGAGUUCAACGCAGAGCUCUGUGUACUGACAGAGAGUUCAACGCAGAGCUCUGUGUACUGACAGAGUUCAACGCAGAGCUCUGUGUACUGACAGAGAGUUCAACGCAGAGCUCUGUGUACUGACAGAGAGUUCAACGCAGAGCUCUGUGUACUGACAGAGAGUUCAACGCAGAGCUCUGUGUACUGACAGAGAGUUCAACGCAGAGCUCUGUGUACUGACAGAGAGUUCAACGCAGAGCUCUGUGUACUGACAGAGAGUUCAACGCAGAGCUCUGUGUACUGACAGAGAGUUCAACGCAGAGCUCUGUGUACUGACAGAGAGUUCAACGCAGAGCUCUGUGUACUGACAGAGAGUUCAACGCAGAGCUCUGUGUACUGACAGAGAGUUCAACGCAGAGCUCUGUGUACUGACAGAGAGUUCAACGCAGAGCUCUGUGUACUGACAGAGAGUUCAACGCAGAGCUCUGUGUACUGACAGAGUUCAACGCAGAGCUCUGUGUACUGACAGAGUUCAACGCAGAGCUCUGUGUACUGACAGAGAGUUCAACGCAGAGCUCUGUGUACUGACAGAGAGUUCAACGCAGAGCUCUGUGUACUGACAGAGAGUUCAACGCAGAGCUCUGUGUACUGACAGAGAGAUGGAAUGAAUAAUAAAAGAUACAGCUGAGCAAUAUCAUUGUGUGUGUGUUUUUGUUGUUGUGGAUUUGGUGAGUUUAUGCUGGAAGCCCACUUGCAUUGGCUGCUAUGUGUGUCUGUGCUUCCUGAACUCCACCUUCCUGAUAAGCUAACUUUAGCGAGAUCAAAUGUUUGUGACAAACUGUCUUUCACAUCUUAAAGUAUGUGGCGAAAAUGAUGAGACUUUGGUUCAGAAGCAUUAGUCACCCUGCUGACAUGCCUGUCUUGUCUGCCUGUCUGUCUCUAGUGUAUAAAUACACCACAACAUCACUGUCAGUACACAGUGGGCGGGAGAGACAGGAAGAGAGGAAGGUGUCACAGGUGAAGGAAAUAAUGACGCAAAGGAUGGGUAGAGAAGAGCGAGACACACCUUAAAGAAUAAUAGUUGGGGGAGAGUCGAAGUUAUAGACAACAAAUACUUGGCAUUUGGUGUGGUGUCUACAGUGCAAAAGAAUGGUGAUGGAACAGUUAUUUGUGGCUGUGCUAAUGAUGUCUGCACACCUAGCAGUCUCAUAUCCCCUGACUACAGAGAGCUAUUACACGGAUGGAGGAAGACAAUGCAGACUGUGUCCACCAGGUCAUUAUCAGAAGUCCUGUUCAGAGUGCUCUCCCUGUCGAGAUGGUUCCUACACAACACGAUUGAACGCAGAGUCCAGUUGUCAUUCCUGCUUCAAAGACUGCAAACGUGAUUUGCACCUGGUGGAGGAUGAGCCGUGUACUCCUGUAUCGAACGCUAGAUGUCGCUGUGAGGCUGGUUUUACCUGCACCGACAAUGACGACCAGACAGGAAACUGUAGAGACUGUGAGAAGAUCCCUCAGCUGCCCCCACCUCCCCUGCCACCUAGCAAUGUAGUGGGCAUCAGAAUCAACCAGACAGGAACUUCCUCUGAACACAGCAGGACUUCCUCUUCCGCUGGACGCUGUCAACCUCCCAACUGUGACACUCCACGAUCACCAGUCUCACAAGCAGGUAACGCCACUCAUCACACCACAGCUGACACCAGCAAACACUUGGCAGCCAUUUUGUGUCCUAUGAUGGUCAUUGGAAUCCUAGCCGUUAUCAUUCUGUUAUGUAUCCGUCGCCCAGGAAAUGAAGCCUGUUUCAAACAAGCUCUCAAGUUCUGUAACAAGGGAGUAAGAGAAGCGUCAUCUAACAAGACCAAAGAGCCACCUCAUCAGCACAAUGCCAGAGAGACACAGCCCAGUAUUCAGCACCAGACAGUGGAUCCACCACCUAUUACAGCAGCAAAUAUGGGCCCGGUCCAUGUCCACAAUGCUGGAACAGUCAUCUUCAGUUUACUCAACCAGUUCACUGGUAUGGGUGGAGGGAUGGAAGAGAGAGGGCAGAAAGAGAGGGAUGAGGAAGGAUGUCCGACCCACCCCACACCCUCCCCUAACAUCCAUCUAUCCCAGGAGGAAAGGGAUGGGGAGAUGGACUGUGUAUUCUUCCCUUCACAGGAACAAGGGAAGGACAGUCACGUUUCCAAAGAGGAGAUGCAUUGAGGGGAGGGGGAUUGAGGACAGAGGACGCACCAAGUGAAAGCUUCCCUUCUAGGAUCAGUUUAGCCAACCCUACAUCCUAAUGUUAAUCAUAAGGAGGAUUAAGACUUACCCCUGACCUUGGAUCAGUGGUAAGGGACAACAUCUACCUGGGGCUCUAUUCAGUCUGUAUCACUACAGAUUGCGUGAUAGGAACAGAGGUAAUUUCUGAUUGAGGCAAAAUAUGCAGCGUUUAAUGUGAAAGCAGUCGCUUCUGACACAGGAACAUUGCCUUUACAUUUCUUUCAGGCUGUAAAGCUGCACUUCCGCAAUACAGAUUUAAUAGAGCCAUUUUAUUUAACUAGGCGAGUCAGUUAAGAACAAGUUCUUAUUUUCAAUGACUGCCUAGGAACAGUGGGUUAACUGCCUUGUUCGGGGCAGAACAACAGAUUUUUACCUUGUCAGCUCAGGGAUUCGACCUUUUGGUUACUAGUCCAAUGCUCUAACCACUAGGCCACCUGCCACUCUUACUCUCAGAGCACCAGUGAAUCCCAGAACUCUAGAAUGGCCAUUAUUUCCUGUUCUAGACUUAGAGCUAGACAUCUCACUAUGGUGGUUAUGUACACAUCCACUUGCUUUCAUUUUAUUGAACUGUAUAAAAAGCUUUGUCUCAACU